ACCGUCGCUGCGCGUGCCCGAACGCAGAGCGCAUGUGCGUUCCCUAGACACGCUUCGGCCUGGGGCUGCUCAGGACCGGUUCUUACCCAGGCGCCCAUACGGUUCGCGGUCACGCCGUUCAGCCGCCAUGGUCAUCGAUCAAACCGAGCCGCCCUAUUUAAGCCAAGGACUGCGACGCGGGCCUGCUCCACCAUCGCCAGGAUGUCCACCCCAAUCGUCUCCGCGAGUUCCGCCGCCGCGCCCCAGGACUUCCGCCUGCCGACCGCCGUUCGCCCGAGCCACUACGAUGUCACCAUCAGGACGGAUCUCGAGAAACUGACCUUCGACGGUUUCGUGAAGAUCAACCUCGAUGUCAAGGCAGAGACUUCGACCCUGGUUUUCAACUCGUCCGACCUCAACCUCGGCAACAUCACCCUCCAAUCCGAUGCCCUCCAUACCGCGCAGACCGAGUCUUCUCGUUCUUUUGAAAAAGAGCAGGAGCGGAUGCACGUCCACUUCGCCACGUCACUCCCCGCGGGCUCGAAAGCGCAGCUACAGAUCGCGUUCGACGGAAAGCUGACCGGCAGCAUGAUGGGCUACUACUACAGCACGUACGAGCAGGACGGCAAGACCAAGUACUACGCGUUGACACAGUUCGAGCCUACGGCGGCCCGUCGCUCGUUCCCUUGCUGGGACGAGCCUGCGCUGAAGGCGACGUUCGCCGUCACCUUGAUCUCGCGCGCGGACACCGUCAGCUUGAGCAACAUGCCGGCCAUCUCGGAGGAAGUGUAUACAACGGAGCCGUCUGCGACUGGGAGCACGAUCUCGUCACUGGCAUUAGGCAGCAAGUCCGAAGAGAAGUGGAAAAUAACCAAGUUCGAGACGACGCCUCCCAUGUCGUCUUACAUCGUGGCCUGGGCAAACGGGCCCUUCGCACACCUUGAAAGCUCGUACACCUCACCCAUCAGCGGCAAAACCCGUCCUCUGCGCAUAUACGCGACACCGGACCUCAUCCACCAAGCCCAGUUCGGUUUGGACGUCAAGGCGAAGGUUCUGCCUAUCUACGAGAAGGUGUUCGAUAUCGAGUAUCCGCUGCCCAAGCUCGACACGCUCGUCGCUACGGACUUUGACGCAGGUGCCAUGGAGAACUGGGGCUUGAUCACUGGUCGUACCAGUAUGUACCUCCUCGAUGCGGAGCGGGCAGAUAUCAAGACCAAGAAGCGGAUCGCGACGACCCAAAGUCAUGAGGUGGCCCACAUGUGGUUCGGUAAUAUCACAACAAUGGAGUGGUGGACAUAUCUGUACCUCAACGAGGGCUUCGCAACCCUAAUGGGCGAGGUUAUCAUCAUUGCCAGAGUGUUCCCGGAGUGGAAGGUGUACUCGGAGUUCAUCACGGACCACCUACAAGCCGCGCUUCACCUUGACGCCAAGUUGUCCUCGCAUCCUGUCGAGGUAGACUGCCCGGACGCCAACGAAAUCAACCAGAUAUUCGACUCUCUCUCGUACUCUAAAGCCGCAAGCGUACUGCGUAUGCUUGCGAACUGGGUGGGCGAGGAGCAAUUCGUCAAGGGUGUCUCUCUGUACCUCAAAAAGCGACUCUACGGCAACAGCGUCAGCAGGGAUCUUUGGGAGGGUAUCGGAGAGGCCACUGGCAAGGAUGUCGCAGGGAUGGUCGAAAACUGGAUUUCGAAGAUGGGCUUCCCGGUCCUCACCGUCACUGAGACGGAGGGUGCCAUCAAAGUCCGCCAGGACCGCUUCCUUGAGACAGGUCCUGCGGAACCGAAGGACAACGAGACGAUCUGGACCGUCCCGUUGAGCCUCCAAUCAUCUUCGGGUAUCGACACCAAGAUCGUUCUUGACAAGAGAGAAGACACCUUCGCGAUCGACACCAGCAAACCGUGGAAGUUGAACGCGGGUACCACAGGGGUCUACCGCGUCCUGUACACCCCCGAACGUCUGAACGCUAUUGCAGAGGAGGCUGCUAGGAGCGAGGACGUGUUUUCGCUCGAAGAUCGGAUCGGUCUGGUUUACGACACUGCCGCGUUAUCCGAAGCCGGUUUCGCCAAAGUCAGUUCGGCGCUCUCGCUGUAUAAGGCGUUCAAGGACGAGAAGGAGUUCCUUGUUUGGGGCUCCAUACUGUCGGGCAUUGGCUCGCUAAGGAAUGCUUUCUGGGAAAACGACGAGAUCGUGGAGGGCCUUAGGGCAUUCACGCGGGAGUUGGCGGGUCCUUUGGUAGCCAGGCUCGGCUACGAAUACUCGGCCGAUGAAUCGCCCGACAUUACAGAACUGAGGACGCUUGCCGUGCAAGCAGCUUCUGGGUCCCGCCUUGAAAGUACCGUCGAGAAGCUCCAUGGUUGGUUCACAACCUUCCUUGAGACCGGCUCGGACGACCACAUCCCUCCUGAACUCUUGGGCAUUACCUACUCUGUCGCCGUUUGGCGUGGCGGCCGCGCCGAGUUCGAAGCAUUGAAGAAGAUACACGCCAAGCCUCGCAACCCCGCGCAGGCCAUCGCGGCUAUGCAGGCACUUGGCUCGAGCGAAGAUCCCGCCUUAGCGAGGGAGACACUGGAGUAUGCGCUCGAGCACGGCCGAGACCAGGACAUCGUAUACUUCUUUGGCGGCGUCUCCGCCAAUCGCAAGACGAGGCGCGUGCUCACCGAGUUCUUCAAGGAACGCUACGAUCAGAUCUACAAGCGCUUCGAUGGCAACUUCUCAUUGAAAUUUAUUGUCGAGCGAGCGUUCAAUGGUCUCUCGUCUAUCAAGGACCACGACGAGACUGUAGAAUUCUUCAGAGGCAAGGACAUCAGCAAAUACCGCAUGAGUCUCGAGCAGACACUGGACAGCAUCAAAGCCAAGGCCGCUCUGAUCGAGCGUUCCAAAGAAGAUGUCGAGCAAUGGCUGGCCGCAAACGUCCAAAAGUAAUCGUACCGACAUAUUGUUACAUAGUAAAAGACAUAAUUUCCAUAAUAUUGGAUGGAGUCGCAUAUUCUGUUAUUCCCAAUGCAUUAGUUCCUUGCUCAUCUCCAGUUUUUGCGCCCAUGGAAGUUUCGGGCAGCAUAGCUCAACCCAUUGGGAAGGGUGAAUGAUGAACGCCAGGUUGCUUGCAGCAUGUGUUCCUGUACACGCGUGGCGACCAGACGCUAGUGGAAGUAGUUCGAGGCGUACGCCUUGACACUCAUCCAGACAUCGUCCAAGCCCUUGACAACGUCUUCGGGCAAAGGGCCUUUCUCCAAAUCAAUUAGGUUCUGCUCAAUGUGGUUGAGACUCGAAGCUCCGAUGAUGACUGCAUCUCCGAACUCGCGCUUCAUCAGGCUAUGAUGGGAGAUCCAGCGAAGUGCGAUCUCGGGCAUUGUCAAGUUGUGCUUGUCGGCGAGCUCCUUGAUCGCGGCAACCGCCUUGAAGUAGGGUUCCUUCCAGUAUCGCUGGCGGUAGUUUCGUCCUUGAGCUCUGUUAGGGUCGAAUCGCGCGCCCGGCUCAACCUCGGCAUCUGGUGAGAGGUAUCGACCAGUGAAAAAGCCGCCUCCGAGUGGGUUAAACUCGUAGAAGCUGAUGCCGAACUUGCGCAAGCACGGGAAGAGCUCAGGUUCUACACCGCGAUGAAUGGCAUUGUAGAUCCCUUGAUACGCUGUGGGCUGGAUGUAGCCAUUGGCCCGGCAAAUCAUGACAAUUUCCGCCACCUCCCAUGCCAUGUAGUUGCUGAUGCCAAAACGCU